UCUUUUCAAACCAUUUUGAAGAAAAGCUCGUUCUACGGAUCGAGCGUAUUCAUAAGUUUUGUGUUUUACCAUUGCAAUUUGUGAUAUUUAGUACUUUAAUUUCUAGAAUUAGCAUUAAGAAAACUAUAAUAAGGUAAUAGGUGUACAUAAAUUGAUAUACAAUACUCUCGACGCACGUCGUGAGUUCGUGACGGAUCGAUUGGCGUUCAGUGAACGAGUUACAGGUUAUAGGCGAAGUUUAUUAAAUUUUUGUCUUCGUUCGAGUUAAUUUACAAUGGAGAGCAUGGACGUUGCCCAAGAAGGAACUUCGGCGGCUACAUCACCGGUGCUCGAAAAUGGACCGGACAAGAACGUCACAGCGGAGGAGAUGACGUCCAGGGACUAUUAUUUUGAUUCCUAUGCGCAUUUCGGUAUCCACGAGGAAAUGCUGAAAGAUGAAGUUCGCACGCUAACGUAUCGAAACGCCAUGUAUCACAAUAGGCAUUUGUUUAAAGAAAAAACAGUGUUGGACAUCGGAUGUGGUACGGGUAUCCUGUCAAUGUUUGCAGCAAAGGCUGGCGCAGCUAAAGUGAUAGCGGUGGAAUGCUCCAAUAUUGUAGACUAUGCUCGCAAGAUUGUUGAGGCUAACAGACUUGACGAUGUCAUUGAAAUUGUCAAAGGAAAGGUAGAGGAAGUGGAGUUGCCCGUGGAUAAGGUGGACAUAAUAAUCUCAGAGUGGAUGGGCUACUGCUUGUUCUAUGAGAGUAUGUUGGACACUGUGCUGUAUGCUCGUGACAAAUGGCUCAAGCCUGGCGGUAUGCUGUUCCCGGACAGAUGCACAUUGUUCAUCUGUGGCAUCGAGGACCGGCAGUACAAGGAUGAGAAGAUCAACUGGUGGGAUGAUGUGUACGGCUUUGAUAUGUCCUCCAUCCGCAAGGUGGCCAUCUCCGAGCCACUUGUUGAUGUUGUUGAUGCUAAACAAGUGGUCACAAAUUCUUGUCUGCUGAAAGAAAUUGACUUGUAUACAGUUAAGAAGGAAGAUCUUAACUUUGAAGCAAAGUUUCAUAUGCAGGUCCGUCGGAACGAUUUCAUCCAAGCGCUGGUGACCUUUUUCAACGUGGAGUUCACGAAGUCCCACAAGCGGCUGGGUUUCAGCACCGCUCCGGAGGCACCAUACACACACUGGAAGCAGACCGUCUUCUACUUCGAUGAGUAUAUGACGGUUAAAAAAGGUGAAGAGAUAAUGGGCACAUUCUCUAUGAAACAGAAUGAGAGAAACAAUCGUGACCUGGACUUUGAAGUAGAGAUAGAGUUCAAAGGAGAACUCUGUCAGGUGAAGGAGAAGAAUCACUACAGGAUGCGUUGAAGCCCUAGGGCUCUGCCGGAGAUUUAGUGAUACUAAGUUUUUAUUUCUCAGUGUGAUGGACGCUUUGUUUCUAAGUGAAGUAUUACAAUUCAAGAUAAUGUUUCCAUUGACAAGAAUUGUAUAACGCAUAGAUGCUAUGGCAGAAUGCACAAUUAUCCAGUGUAUAGUCAAACAAGGUGUUGCUAUUGCUUGUUUUUAUCAGAAAAUUUGUAUAAAAGAAAAAAAUAUUACGGUACUAAAAGUAUUUUGACAGAUUUUUGACAUUGGCAGGGGGCUCGCAAAUUAUCAAAUCCUCUUUUAUAGACCUAAAUUCUACCUAAAGUUUAAUAGUGAUAGAGCCUGAAGUUGAAGCAAUUCCGCAUACAGUCUGAUGAGUAUCUAUGUGAGGUCUAUCUUUAAUCCUUUUCCAUUUCCACCCUUUUCUUAUAAAGAUAGGAUGGGAAGGGAAAGUGGAUUUGACGAAAUCGGAAAUACGGGGAAUUAUCCUCGUUAUGUGCGUGUCCUACGUCGAUUAAGGGUAGGCAACGGCAAUUGGAAAUGUCUAGGAACUGUUUUUGCGGAUUCAGAUGGCCGCUUGCUUGUUAGCCAUCUUUUAUAAAAAGAACCGAAUGUCUAAUAGACCUAAAGUCUAUUUUCUGAUAGAAUCAAACAAUAGCAAUGCUUCUUACAGGGUUAGACAUCUUUGUUUGUUUGACUAUAAUUAAAAUUAAGCAUUUUUUUUACAUUUGUUGUCAACUUGUGUCAAAUUUGCCAAAAAGACUUUGCCAGUGAAUCUGCUGUGAAACUUACUUUUUUAAUAUGUAAAAUAUAAUAUUCACAUGAUUAUUUUUUUCUGUUAAAUUACUUUUUCACUGAAGUAUUGCAAAUUUUGUAUGAGAAACGAGAAAAUUCAAUAAAUGCAAUUACAAUUUAAACCUAGUAAUAAGUGUCAGGUAGAACUGAAAUUUUUACAAACUUUGGUAUCUCCAUAGCUCUGUAUUCUUACUCAAUAACAUUCAUUAAAUGUAAGUCUCUAUUGUUAAACUUAAUUUUCUUGUGUAUUAUAAGUCCAUUAAAUGAUUAAACCUCGUAUUAUUUCGCAACAAUGAUUUAAAACCUCAGGAAAAAACUAU